AUAAGUCAUAAUAGUUCAAUUCAAUGUUUAUAAUUAAAAUUUAAUGCUUAUAAUUAAAAUUUCAAACGAUACCUUUCUAAUCACAUGACUAUAGAAAUUUUAAAAUUGAAUUGAAUUUCAAUAUUUACCUUAUUUUUUCUAGGGCUUCCAUAAGAUUUUUUAAACAUAAAUAAUUUAUGUCUUAUUGACCAAACUGAAAGUCUCGGAGUGACUUCAGAAAUUUGAAUUAUUUAUGGAUAACUAUUCACAUGGUUUUAGUAAUAUUAUUUACAUUGAACAAAACAUAUUGGGACCCGCAGAGUGUUCUGAUGAAUAUGAUAAGCUAGUUAGAGAAUACAAUUCACAGUUACAACACAACUGUGACUGCACAAGUGAAUGCAAAGAAAACUGUAAAUGUUUAAAUAUUUCGGGUGGAGUUAAUUACUUAAACAAAGAAGGAGAUGAAAAUGACGAUGUUAAAUUUAAUAGAAAUAAAAGUGUGACUUAUCCAAUAUAUGAGUGUACAGAUUUAUGUGCAUGUUCAAGAACAUGUGGUAACAGAUUAGUUCAAUUUGGACCAUUACCUUCACUUAUAGUGAAGCCUGCUCAAAUAAAGUCCAUGGAUCUGGGUUUAUUCACUGAGAAAUUCAUUACAGCUGGAACAUUUAUAUGUGAAUAUGCUGGGGAAAUCAUCACUAAAACUCAGGCUCUGUACCGUCAAAAGCUAAAUAAAAUCCAGGGCAAUAUGAAUUAUAUAUUUUGUUUGAAUGAAUUUGUCGAUGGCAGAGCUAACACAAACUUCAUUGAUCCUAGUCAUUUUGGUAAUAUCGGACGUUAUAUUAACCACAGCUGUGACCCCAAUUCAGAAAUUAUGCCUGUGAGAGUUGACUGUCCGAUUCCUAAACUGGCUAUAUUCAGUUGCAUUGAUAUAUCACCGGGUGAAGAAAUAACAUUUAAUUACGGAUUAAACAGUAUGAGUAUUACUGAUGAGACCACUGAAAGAGUACCAUGUCUUUGUCAGAGUGCUAAAUGUAAAGGCUUUAUACCGUUAGAUAGUUAUUGAUUUGUAAAACUAUUCUAGCUCAAACAUUUCUUAUAGCAAUUAGUAAAUAAUUUGCUAACA